AAGCGACGGUUCUAACGGACGAGACUUUGGUCAACGCCUUCAACAUGCCGUCCAUCAUAGCGCUCGCCUCAACCGCUAGCAUAUGUAACGGCGACCACAAUACCGACAUGUAUCUCUGCCCAUCCCCCCAAGGUAUGUCUCUGUCUCCAUAUUCAAUGCUCCUAAUGUACUCACCGUCUUCGUGCUCCAGCACCAUUCACCUCAAUCAAGCUAUUCCCGAUUGAGGCGGAACAAACAUUCCAGAGUGCUAGUACUGGUCGGCCAUUGUUUAUCAGACGGACAUUGUCUCGUCUGGACAGCCUUUACCCACCUUUUGCUUUUUUGCCUGACCAUCACCUCUACUGCAGGAGUCCAACUUCCUCCCUCCAUUUCCUUUUCUCAUCUCGCGAACAGGCUUUGACAGAUGGCUGACGUUAUGGUCCCUUCGAUGAGCUCACAGGCUUCUGGUUCAGGAACUUCAGAAGCUUCCAAGUCCCGUACAGCUAGUCUGCUGCUCUCAUCACCAUCCAGGUCGCAUACCCCAGGCAGUAUCUUCCCCGACAUGCAUGGCCCUCACCCGAGGGUCUCGCUGGGAGGUCGUCCUGAUUUUACACGUCGACAUACCACCUACCUCGCUUCGCCAACCCCAAGGCCUAUUCGCUCGUCCCCGUUGGCAGGUCCCUCCCUCGCACUUGGUCAAGAUGGCACUUUGACAGGCAGCGACGACUCCCAUAGCGAUAGUGAUUCUGACCAGGCGAGGCACAAGAGGCCUUCCCGUAUCAGCUCAAGUCCCGACGUGCCUAGUACUUUGACGUUCAGUGCUUGUUCAUCGGAAGACGGUCCGCUUGACCCGAAGAGCGCAUCAUCUCCGCACUUGGAGCAAGGGGAACUUCCUCCCCUUCCAAGCAUCCCAAGUGCUUCAAGACUCUCUCGCCGUCUGUCUUGGGGGCUGACCAAACUCACCGAACUGCCGACCCUCUCACGUUCGUCGUCUUCCUCGUCCAAGUCAUCUCAGAAAGAGAAGGAGAAAGAGAAAGAGGAUGUCCCACCACCACCCGUCCCCGAUAUCCCGAUCUGGGCGCGUCCGUCCUCGACGUCGCGAUCAUCACCGUCCCUUCGUUCUACGGCAUCGAAUCGCCGUUCACUAAUAUCUCCUCCAUCAGCAACACCUGUCCGCCGUCCCACAACUUCAUCUGGAACUUCUGCCAGAGCAGCAACCGUCAACAGACGUUCGACGUAUCUCGGCCAACCAGCAGAACCCUCAGUCUCUCGUGAUCCCGAACUAAAUUGGCUCACACAAGCCGCGCCUCCAAAGUUCUCUAGACACAGUCUGAAGGCCGAAGGUGUUGUGAUGCCCGUUUCUGCCAGAGACGUCAAGUUCGCCAACAGACGUUCUGUGAUCAUCGCGCCACCUCCUGUUGCUACAUCACAGACUACCGAUUCCAGGCGCAAGUCUCGCGACGGAGUCUUGGUGCCUCCUUCUCGAUCAGUUUCUCGUGCAAGCAGCAUGGCUUCUCUCGGUUCCGUGGCAUCGGAAAUGAGUGGGACGAUCAUGCCCUCACCUUCAUUCCGCGUGGGUUCAUUCGGUGGAUCUUCAAGUUCAAUCGACAGCGCUAUAUCGUCUUUACUACCAGCCACACCUACUUUGUCGCUCAGUCGGUCUACGAGUGUGAACUCGACUGUCGUAGCGGACGAAAUGGGUGUGCUUUCUCGGCCAUGUAGUGUCUCAUUUGAGAAGGAUGUUGGAAGGAGGAAGGAAGACGAGCGCCGUGGAGUUGUGCUUGAGUUGAGAGUCAAUGAUGUCCAUGUGGAAGUGAUGGGCAAGUCGGAGUCUCGCAGGACCGUGGUUGUGACCGAAUGCAAACCCACUUCGGAAUCGAAUGUUGCAGGGGGAAAGACUUGUGGUGCUAAGAAGACGCAGGCGGUGUUGGACGGGACUUUGCAGCGCGGUCGCGGUACGAUCGAGCGUGCGUGGAAGCGCGUCAUUCGCAGUGUUUCCGUCAAAGCGUGACACCUUUUCUUUUCUCUUGAACAUUUGGGAUGCUUUCUUCCCCUUCGCAAAUACCUCGAACAUUUUGGCUCUCCGUUUCGCCGCCUAUGACAAUUGCAAACAAGUUCGGGACUGUUUACCUUCAUACCAGCUUCACCCAUGUUGCAAGAAUUUAGAACCCCUUUUCUUUGUAUUACUAUACCAACUUUUACCCCAUUUCUUGCCAGUUCUCAUCCUUGCAAUCGUACUCAUGACCUACCUAGACGAAUUACUCCAUGACAUUCUUCUUUUCUUUCUUAUCUUCUUCGUUCGCUUUUGCUUCUCUCUUCACUCCCUGAAACGCUCCCUCACUUAUAUAACCGGGACGACGAAUGCAACUCCAAUAACAAAAUACUUUAAUCGUAUGGUAUAUUGUAUACUACGCACACAUUCUUUCUUGACUACUAUCACCAU